CGUCCGUAAGACGGUGCAGGAGCUGCUGGAGCUGCACCGCACGCCCGUCUCGGAGGAGCGCGAGCGGGAGAAGGUGCUGCGCAUCAACCACCUGUCCAAGUUCCUGCCGGACCCGGUCAAGGCGCAGGAGUUUAUCCGCAAGUUCUCACAGCACCUGGCGCAGGAGGAGUCGCUGCUGCAGCUCAUGGAGACAGUCAUCAACCCGACCGUCUCCUGCCGGGAGAGCGUCGACAGCGUCAACAUGGUGCUGAAGCGGCUGGGCCAGCCGGUGAUGACCAACCUCUACUACAACACCAUCAAGCAGCUGCUGGAGCGCGUCUCGUCGGUGAUGAUCGACCACGACGCGCUGCUGGCGCUGGUCUCGAUGGUGGAGGAGGCGGUGCGCGACCCGGCCUCGGCGCAGGAGCUCAACAUCGAGCCGGGCGCGGCGGUGGGCCGCGGCCUGCGGCUGCUGUUCGUGCUGUCGUACGUGCAGGCGGCGCAGUUUCUGCACGCCGACAUUUUGGCCGUGCUGCUCGGCAUGCUCCAGACGGACGACGACACGGUGACGCCCAAGGUGCUGGGCGUGCUGCACUUUGUGGGCAAGUACCGGCCGCUGGCGUCCGAGUUCCCCGAUCUGAUGGACAGCCUGGUGCCCGUCUGCCAGCAGCUGGCCACGGCCGGCUCGCCCAAGCAGGCCAAGCACGCCAUCCGAUGUCUGUUCGUCAACGUCACCGACAAUCAGGAGGGCGUCUUCACCGAGAUACUCGAGCGUCUGAAGUCUGAGCUGGAGCUGGGCCACGAGCACUACCGCACGUCCAUCGUGUCACUGGGUCACAUCGCGCUCCACCUCUCCAACAAGUUCCCCAUCCAGAUCAAAAACAUCGUCUCCAGGAAAAUCGUCAAGGACCUCCUGAUGCGGGACCUGACGGACAGCGGGGAGAGCGAGGAGGAGUGGUGUGACGAGGACGCUCUGCCCGAGGGCAUCCGCUGCAAGAUCGAGGGCAUGAAGCUGAUGGCGCGCUGGCUGAUUGGCCUCAAGGACGACGUCAUCUCGGCGCAGAAGACGUUCCGCAUGCUGAUCGCCUUCAUCAUCCACCGCGGCGACCUUCUCGAGGAGGGCAAGGUCAAUAAGCCGGAGGCGGCCUGGCUGCGCUACGCGGCCGGCGCCGCCAUGCUGAAGAUCUGCGAGCAGAAGGGCGUCGGCGACCAGUUCACUGCCGACCAGUUCUACAGUCUCUCCCUGCUGAUGGCCGACGAGUGUCUCCAGGUGCGGGAGCGGUUCGCCGCCAAGCUGCACAAGGGCCUGAGCCGCGGCAUCCCGCACAAGUGUCUGCCGCUCGACUUUAUGGGCAUGUACGCGCUGGCCGGCCAGGAGCCCGACAAGCGGCUCAAGGCCACCGUGCGUGGGUACAUGGCCGCCGACAUCCUGAAGCGCCGCGACGUCAUCAAGAGCCUGCUGCUCAACGGAGGGUCGGAGCGGGCGGCCGACCAGCUACCGCACAUCAUGCCCGACUACAUGCUGGUGUUCGCCGUGCCCAUCCUGGCGCACGACCCCGACUUUACCGAGUACGACGACGUCGAGUACCUGACCAAGAUCCGCGCCUGCCUCUGGUUCAUUCUGGAGCCGCUGAUCACCAAGAACGACAACUACUGUUUCGGCUUCUACAAGGCGCUGGUGGAGCGGAUGAAGAACCACCUGGACGCAGUGCGCAGUGAGGAGGAGGCCGCCAACCACAAACUGUGGGCCGUCUGUGACCUGGCCAUGGGCCUGCUGCUCACCAAGACAACCAACUUCGAGAUGCGCGAGUUCCCCUCGGAGCCGCGCAUCCCACCCAUGUACUUCCGCAAGCCGGCCGACCCCAACUUCGUCAACGGGAAGAUCUACCUGCCGCCCGAGCUGCAGCACCUGGGAAAGCGGAACAACAUGGUGUCGAUGGCGCACAGCCACAGCAUGAUCAACAAGCGCAUCCAGCUGGCGCAGCAGAUCCGCGCCUCCAAGGCCGGCGCCGCGGCGGCCGCCGCCGCCGCCACCGGGGGCGAGAAGGAGCUGACCCUGAUUGUGCAGGAGUCGCCCGCCGCAGAGGCGGAAACCGAGGAGGAUUCUGCCGGCUCGGGGGCGGCGGCGGCGGCGGCAGCGCGACUGAUUCGGGACCCUCCGGCCACCUACAGCCGGCGCGCCGCCCACGAGCGGGACAGAAACGACGACUCGGUGGAUAGCGCGGCCGGUGGUGACCUGUCGGAGCAGUCAUCGACCUUCUCAGACAGUCCUUCCAAGGACAAACAGGACAAAAUCACCAACUACUUCAAGAAGGCGCCGCGGACGGCGUCCCCGACCCCGAGCAGUCAGCGCUCGACACGCAGCGGCCGCAGCGGCGACUCGUCGGCUGCCGGCGAGGAGGCCGGUCAGCGCGCCGCGCCGCGCACCACCCGCACCAGGGCGGCGGCCACCGAGGAGGCCGCCGAGGCGUCUGGAUCUCGUUCUGUGAACGGUAAGCGGCAGGCGGCUGAGCCGGAGCCGGAGUCUGAGCCGGAGCCGGAGUCGGCCCGGCCGGCGGCCGCCGCCAAGAGGAAGCCGGCGCCGGCCGCCAAGCCGGAGCCGGAGGAACCGAGCCGCAAGUCGGCGCGACACGCCGCGCCAGCUCAGGAGGACGCGGCCGCCGGAAAGAACACACGACUGACGAGGUCGCGAAAAUGAGAGCGGCCGCCGUGAUGGGACCUGAGCUGACGAGCGGCGCCCGCCGCGCUGCGCCCGCCGCGCCACUGUAUGCCGUGCUGCGCCACUGUAUGCCGCGCCGCGCCUGUUCCGUGCAACUGAGCGAGUUAUGUUAAAGCGUACAAACUUCAGAGUGUUUUUUAAUGCGCGCGCCGCCCCGCCCGUACCGAAUACACACUGUCUGGGGCCGCGA